UUAUGGUCAGCGGAAAGUACCCCACAAAGCAGGGAGGAAGGGGGCAUUUGGGAGCCUCCCCCCUACCCCCCGGCAGCCACCUAAGUGUCCUGUCCUGGCCCAUCUGACGGAGUACAGGGCGGAAAGGGUGCGGGUCCUGCCCGCCCCAGCUCUGGGGGCGGAGUCUCGCUGACCAGGAGCCCAAUAAAUCCGCGGGCCGCCGCCGCCGGGAGCUGUCCCCUUAGGCCCCACCGCGCCCUCCUGCUGUCAGCCCUGAGCACAGCUCCCAAGGAGGCGGCCAGACGUCCGCGCGGGGGACUUGCCGCUUGCACCGGGCGCCUGGACGGAGCGAGCGGCCAGGCGGACGGACAAACAGACGCGAAGACGAAGAGGGGUGACAGGGGGGCAGACGACCUGCAGCGAGGAGCCAGAGAUUUCUCGCCCAGGGAGCCCCGGGCCGCCGGGGACCACAGGGGACAGGCGCGCGGUGUCGCUGCCGCCGCUGAGCAUCCUACCUGCGCGCUGUCUUGCCUCCUCGGCCGCUGCCAACUUCCCUCAGCCGAGACACGCCGGGUGGCUGGAAGGGGCUGAGAACGCGCCUGUCCCCUCCCGCGCACCUCAUGGCCGCCGUCGAGGCAAAGGAGCGGGCCACGUUCGGAGCCUGGGACUACGGGGUCUUCGCCCUUAUGCUGCUGGUGUCCACCGGCAUCGGGCUGUGGGUCGGGGUAGCGCGAGGCGGGCAGCGCAGCGCCGAGGACUUCUUCACCGGGGGUCGGCGCCUGUCCGCCCUGCCGGUGGGCCUCUCGCUGGCCGCCAGCUUCAUGUCGGCGGUCCAGGUGCUGGGGGUGCCCGCCGAGGCCUACCGCUAUGGCCUCAAGUUCCUCUGGAUGUGCCUGGGACAGCUGCUCAACUCUCUGCUCACUGCCCUGCUCUUCCUGCCGGUCUUCUACCGCCUGGGCCUCACCAGCACCUACGAGUACCUGGAGAUGCGCUUCAGCCGCGCUGUGCGGCUCUGCGGGACUCUGCAGUACCUCGUGGCUACAAUGCUCUACACCGGCAUAGUGAUCUACGCCCCCGCGCUCAUCCUGAACCAAGUGACAGGGCUGGACAUCUGGGCGUCGCUCCUGUCUACCGGAAUCAUCUGCACCUUCUACACCACUGUGGGCGGCAUGAAGGCUGUGAUCUGGACGGACGUAUUUCAGGUCCUAGUGAUGCUGAGUGGUUUCUGGGUUGUCCUGGCUCGUGGAGCUGUGCUUGUGGGUGGACCUGGGCAAGUACUCGAGCUUGCCAAGAACCACUCCCGGAUCAACCUGAUGGACUUUGACCUGGACCCGAGGAGCCGCUACACGUUCUGGACUUUUGUCGUGGGCGGCACGUUGGUGUGGCUCUCCAUGUACGGGGUGAACCAAGCCCAGGUGCAGCGCUACGUGGCCUGUCGCACAGAGAGGCAAGCCAAGCUGGCUGUGCUCGUCAACCAGCUGGGCCUGUUCCUGAUCGUGUCCAGCGCUGCUGCCUGUGGCGUCGUCAUGUUCACGUUCUACCUUGACUGUGACCCUCUCCUGGCGGGGCGUAUCUCUGCCCCAGACCAGUACAUGCCCCUGCUGGUGCUGGACAUCUUUGAAGACCUGCCUGGAGUCCCCGGGCUCUUUCUGGCCUGUGCCUACAGUGGGACCCUCAGCACCGCAUCCACCAGCAUCAAUGCCAUGGCUGCCGUCACUGUAGAGGACCUCAUCAAACCUCGGCUGCCGAGCCUGGCCCCUCGGAGACUGGUCAUCAUCUCCAAGGGGCUCUCACUCAUCUACGGCUCAGCUUGUCUCACCGUGGCGGCUCUGUCGUCUCUGCUGGGGGGCGGUGUCCUCCAGGGCUCCUUCACUGUCAUGGGGGUCAUCAGCGGCCCCCUCCUCGGAGCCUUCAUCCUGGGGAUGUUCGUCCCCACCAGCAACACACCGGGCGUCCUGUCGGGGCUGGCAGUGGGCUUGGCGCUGUCGCUGUGGGUGGCCGUGGGUGCCACUCUGUACCCGCCUAGCGCGCAGUCCAUGGGGGUCCUUCCGUCAUCAGCUGCCGGCUGUGCUGUGCCCUCAGCCAACGCCUCUGGUCUCCUGGACCCUCUUCUCACCGCCAACGCCUCGGGCAGGGUCUCCAGCCUGGAAAUGGACCCUGAUCAGCAGACCUUAGCUGACAACUUCUACGCCAUUUCCUAUCUCUAUUAUGGUGCCUUGGGCACACUGUGCACUGUGCUAUGUGGAGCCCUUGUCAGCUGCCUGACGGGCCCCACCAAGCGCGGUGCCCUGGGUCCCGGUCUGCUCUGGUGGGACCUCAUGCGGCAGACAGCAUCAGUGGCCCCCAAGGAAGAGGUGGCCGCCCUGGAUGACAGUUUGAUGAAGGGUGCUGAGGAGUUGCCCCCUGGAGCCAAGAGGCCUCCUGACUUUCUGCCCACUGAUGAGGACCAUCUGCUCUACCUGGGUCAGAAGGAGGUGAAUGGAGCUUGUUCCAGGACACCCGGCAGUGAACACAACAAAGGUCUUGACCUGCAGGAGACAGACCUCUGAACCAGCUGGGGGCUGACCACCUGGGAUGGGACCUCAGGGGGGCCCAUCCUAGGCCACGGGCCAAUGGCCUUGGGCUCUGAUUGGUUAGGUCACAUCAUAUGCAAAUAAACCUGGAGCUGCACAACCCCGCCCUAUGGGAAGAGGUGAA